AUGGGUAAAAAUCGCUUGAAAACCAAGCAAUUCGCCGCGGUGAAGCGGAUGAUUAACCCGAAAGACAUCGCCAAGCAGCGCAAAGGCGCGGACAAGUCGGGCGAAUCGAACAAGCGGAAAAACAGAGACGAAAUCAAACUCAAACGCGUCGAAACGCAGUCGAGCGCGCUGUUCGGGAAGUACAACGCGCUGCUGAAGCCGCCGUAUAACGUCAUCGUCGAUACGAACUUCAUAAACUUCAGCAUCAAGAAUAAGAUCGAUCUGAUGAAAGGGAUGAUGGAUUGCCUGUACGCGGAGUGCGUGCCGCACAUCACGGAUUGCGUCAUGGCGGAGCUGGAAAAGCUUGGACAAAAGUAUCGCGUCGCGCUGCGAAUCGCGAAAGAUCCAAGAUUCGAACGGUUGCCGUGCUCGCACAAGGGAACGUACGCGGAUGAUUGCAUAUGCGAGAGGGUGCGACAACAUCGAUGUUACAUCGUGGCGACGUGCGACACGGAUUUAAAGCGACGCAUUCGGAAAAUUCCAGGGGUGCCGAUCAUGUUCAUGGGGAAUCAUAAGUACACCAUCGAGCGAUUGCCGGACGCGGGUGGGAUCGGGAACUCGUGA